CAACCUGUCAUUGUUUUUUUCGCAAACUAAAAAAACUUGUCUAUUUUCCUCCACGCGAAAAAGGUCUCAAAUGAAUUGAAUUUCUGCACCUUUCGCAGCCGGUCAGUUGGAGAGUUGAUGCCCGUGAGUGCGGAGUGACUUUGCGUGUGUGGAAAAUCGAGAUUAAAGCUAAAAACGGUGUGAUUUGAGAAAAAUGGAGACAGUGCUGUGAGAAAAUUGAGUGCACUUUGAGAAAAAUCGUGUAAUUGGGCAUUUCCCAGGAAGUUACUGGAUAUUCUCGUGGAGAUUUCAUUUGUGGAUAAAGUGUGUGAUAUUUUCUGAUAGUUACCGAGUCUGUGAAUAGGCCAGAAGAGUACUCUUUUUUUUGUGGCGAGAUUUGUCGUCAUGGCUCCGAGUUUAAGCAAAUUGGCCCAACAUCAAAAUAAAGUCCUGAGUCUCCUGGGCGUCUCAGCUGCUGUCUGGAUAAUCCUCUAUGGCUCCAGAUCCAAUCGCAAUGGGAAGCGAAAGCCCCGUCCGGAAGAUCAGAUCCAGUACCUAAUUACGGAGAAGAAGGACAAGAGGACGCAGAAGGCACAUGUCAAUCGCCUAUUCUUCCGGCAAUUGCGCGUCUUGCUAGGGAUCAUCAUUCCACGUGCCUGGAGUGUGGAGAGUGGCUUGAUGAUCACCGUGGGCCUAUCCCUGAUUGCCAGAUCCAUCAGUGACAUCUGGAUGAUCCAGAAUGCUACGGUGGUUGAGAGUUGUAUCAUCACCAUGAAUAGGCCAAAGUUCAAGAAGGCCUUGUUGAAGUUCUUUGCUGCACUUCCGCUGAUUUCUGUAGUAAAUAAUGUACUUAAGUGGAGUUUGGGAGAGUUGAAGUUGCGAUUUAGGACGAAUUUGUCGAAUCACUUGUACAACGAGUACCUGAAGGGAUUCACAUACUACAAAAUGUCCAAUUUAGACAACAGAAUAGCCAAUGCUGAUCAACUCCUGACCACAGACAUUGACAAAUUCUGUGAGAGCUUCACUGACCUUUACUCAAACGUCAGCAAGCCCGCUCUGGACAUUAUGCUUUAUGUCUAUCGUUUGACAGUGAAUCUGGGUGGUCAGACGCCGUCAAUUCUAUUGGCAUAUCUUCUGUUUGCCGGAAUCUUCCUCACUCACCUCAGACGUCCAACUGGACGUUUGACGGUGCUGGAACAGAAACUUGAGGGUGAAUUCCGGUAUGUUAAUAGUCGUCUGAUCACAAAUUCCGAAGAGAUUGCCUUCUAUCAGGGGAAUAAUCGCGAAAAACUGACGAUUUUCGCGAGUUUCUCAAAGUUAAUGGCUCACAUGAGGAAGUUCCUGGACUUCCGGGUGAGCAUGGGAAUUAUUGAUAACAUUGUGGGCAAGUAUAUUGCUACAAUUGUUGGAUUCUAUGCUGUCUCCCUUCCCUUCUUCGCCAAAGAUCAUCCACUGUUGACUCGUGGAAAGGAAGGUGACAGAUUGAGGAAUUACUACACAUUCGGGAGGAUGCUGGUGAAGUUGGCUGAAGCCAUUGGGCGUUUGGUGUUGGCUGGACGGGAACUUUCUCGUCUGGCGGGAUUCACUCAGCGAAUGACGGAGCUGAAGAGUGUGCUGGCAGAUCUCAAUCAAGGGAAGUAUGAGAGGACAAUGGUGAGCAAUUCCAGUAGCGCUGAUGGAGAAAUUGGCGUCGGCACGGGCAUCAUUGCAUUCCAGGACAACAUUAUCCGCUUCGAUCAAGUGCCUCUGGUCACUCCCAAUGGAGAUAUCCUCGUCAAGGAGCUCACCUUUGAAGUCAAGUCGGGAAUGAACGUUUUGGUGUGUGGACCUAACGGAUGUGGCAAGUCCAGUCUGUUCAGGGUCUUGGGAGAGCUGUGGCCGAUGUGGGGAGGAAAAUUGACAAAACCUCCACGUGGAAAGCUCUUCUACAUUCCACAGAGACCGUACAUGACCCUUGGAACGCUCAGGGAUCAGAUCAUCUAUCCGCAUACGCACGAUGAGAUGCUGCGACGUGGGCGAUCAGAUGAAGAUCUCCUGAGUUACCUGGACCUGGUGCAAUUGUCGUAUCUGCAGGUGAGGGAGAAGGGGCUGGAUGCAAUUGAGGAUUGGAUUGAUGUGCUGUCGGGUGGGGAGAAGCAGAGGAUUGCCAUGGCUAGGCUAUUCUACCAUAGUCCGCAGUUUGCCAUUCUGGAUGAGUGCACGAGUGCGGUGUCGGUGGACGUGGAGGGCAGUAUGUAUCAGUACUGCCGGAAGGUGGGCAUCACGCUGUUCACGGUGUCCCAUCGGAAGUCACUGUGGAAGCAUCAUGAGUACUAUUUGCAAUUCGAUGGGCGUGGAUCGUACGAAUUUGCCCAGAUAGAUGGCAGCACGCAAGAAUUUGGAUCCUAGGGCACCAAAUCCUCAAAUUCCUUCGGCAAUAUCCUGCCGCUCCUUUUCUUCUAGACAAAUGUUCUUUUGCGUCAAUUUUUACUUGUUUUCUUCUUUUAAAUGGUGAAUGGAGAGUGGUUUUCACACGAUUUUAGUGUUAUAGUGGAAACACAUUAACAUAGAACGCCAUCAUAUAAAGUUUCAUUACGUGCAAGUGCAAUGUAAUGAAGCUGAAACAUAACCUUACUUAACCUCACUUUUUUUCGAGGAAUCAAGAAAUUCCUUGCAAUCUGGAAAAAUGUCUUUCCUGAUCUUCCUCAAAAGCUUUCGAUCAUCUUAUUUAAAUAAAUAGUACGAAAUUAAAAAUUUAAAUAUACUUUA